CAUCUGACCUAGCAUGUGCCAGAUGUGGUACUGUUAUUGAGGAAAACCCAAUCGUACUUGAGGUCACCUUCGGGGAAGCUCCGUCAGGAGCUGCCAUGCUUCAAGGAUCCAUAGUUGGUGCGGACCAGACUAGAGCGAACUUUGGUAAUAAUCGUGGAUCUCUUGAUUCGCGUGAGCAAACUCUACAAAAUGGUAAGAAACGGAUAAGAAACGUUGCUGCGGCUCUCAAAAUCAAAGAUUAUAUAGCCGAUGCGGCUUGCCAGUGGUUCCAGCUGGCUCUGACCAACAACUUUGUACAAGGACGACGCUCGCAAAAUGUUGUUGCAGCAUGUUUGUAUAUUGCGUGCAGAAAGGAGAAGACGCAUCACAUGUUGAUAGAUUUUUCUUCUCGCUUACAGAUAUCGGUGUACGCUGUUGGAGCUACUUUUUUGAAGAUGGUGAAAGCUCUCCACAUCACAUCUUUGCCUCUGGUUGACCCAUCGCUUUUCAUCCAGAACUUUGCAGAGAAAUUAGAUUUUGGUCGCAUGCUGCCAAAGGUGAUCAACGAUGCCAUCAAGCUUGCACAUCGAAUGAGUGAAGAUUGGAUUCAUGAGGGAAGAAGACCUGCAGGUAUCGCGGGGGCAUGUAUUCUUCUGGCUGCGCGAAUGAACAACUUCAGGAGAACGCAUUCCGAAAUUGUUGCCGUUACACAUAUCGGCGAAUCUACAAUCCAAAAAAGACUUAAUGAAUUUAAGAAUACAAACGCAUCAGGAUUGACUGUUGAAGAGUUCCGUGAGCGUGGCCAAGUCAAAUCUACUCUUCCACCCUCAUUUCAGAAAAAUCGGAAAAGUGAGAAGAAACUAAAAAGCCAGUUGCAAAGAACGAACCCUGAGGAUGUUACCAACGACCCUGUACUUGCUGCCAUUCUGGAAGACUCUAAACUUUCGGAGAAGGAAAUCCAGGAACAUGUGAAAAGAGUACUCCAGCGACAGAAAAGAGAUAAACUGCGCAAGCUGAAUGCUACUAUAGGCGAAGAGAACGAAGAGGAGGAGGAAGCGACGUCAGUCCAAGAUCUGGAAUUUGAACGAAUGAUUGAGCGAAACCGGCCUCGAAAUCUUUUGAAGGCACUGCCCAAGACGGAGGCUCUGCUUUCUAGAAUCCCUGAUGACCCUGACAAUCUCGACGAUGCUGACGAUGAUGAGAUCAACAAUAUUCUGCUGACCGAGGAGGAAAGUAAACUGAAGGAGCGCCUUUGGGUGGGUUCAAAUCAGGAGUUCUUGUUGGCUCAAGAAACAAAACGCCUCAAAGAAGAUGCAGACAGAAUAGCGGGCCACAACCAGCAUCCCAAGAGAAGAAAACGUGCCGCGAAAACAGAAGAUAAGGGCAACGAUCUCAAGAGCGAAUACGGUGAGUACUUAUCGGGUGCGUCUUCACACCUUGGCCUGACGGCCGCCUUGAAUCAGGAACUUUCAGCUGCUGAUAGUGCGAAAAGUAUGCUGAAGAACAAAUCCCUGAGCAAGAAAAUCAACUAUGAAGCAGUCAAUGAGCUAUUUGAUGAUAACUAGAACUUAAAUAAUUAAUAGAUUCGCUCAAUCGCUCAGCUCUCUCGUCUUAAUUAUUUUCCUAUUCUACCAUACCCCUGGCAGGUAACACAAACUAAGUCAUCAUCUCGAAUACCCUGUCCUUUACACUUCGGACAUAAAACACCACCUAGCUUAGGAUCACCAGGAAGAAUAUUCCGAGCCUUUUUUUCUGAUAUCUUAUCAAUCGCGUAGCCGACUCCCAUGAUCGCUAGUCCAACGAGUCCCCCAUGGCGAGGAUGGCCAUAGACCGUUCCGGCACCAAGAUUCCUACGACAUCCUCUAUGCAAACCUCUUGGACUGCCUCUGCAUCGGCAUUGCUUGGAAACUAUCUCCUGUAUAGGUCUCUCUCUUUGAACGCUCGGAGUUGAGUGUGUAGCAGUGGACGUCUCGCCAACUGCUUCAAAAUAGGAUGGGGGUUGUUCUUUGGAAUCUAAACUCAUUGCGUCUUCGGUUCUGCUUUUAGUUUGCC